AUGGAGACCAAAAACUGCUGCACCGGAUGUGCUGGAAUUGACGAUAAUUACUCUUGUUUGAACCAUGGUCAAAAGGCAACCGUGUAUCCUCUUGCAAACGUUAAGCCUGAGACCAACGUGAAAAACAAGGGCAAAGCAAAAAUUGUUACUGGAUUUACGGCGACUGUUAAAAAGGAAGAGCCUGUCAAGGAACCGGUUUGUGGUGCUGAUGUGGAGAAACAAGGCACGUGCUGCUUGGAUCUGGUCACGGGACUAAUCCAGCUGUCGAAGUCAAUGCCGGAAGAUAGGGUUGACUUUGGCGCUGAGUUGACUUCGGACCAUUUCUUGAUGUUCCUGCUGCUGCCGCCGCUUGUGGCGGUGGAGCUGCCAGAACCCGUCUUUUGGAACACUAGGGAAAUUACCCACUCGUCCUAA